AUGUCCCAAAUUUUCUCCCACAGGGCCUGUGGGGUACAUCAUCUCCAACGGGGAGGCAACCAUCGUUUCACAGCGUUCGAGGCGCUGUGGUUUGUGGUGGUGACCUUCUCUACUGUCGGCUUUGGUGACGUAUAUCCGGACAUCUGGCCAAGUCAACUCUUCAUGCUCUUCAUGAUCUGCUUCGCCCUUAUCAUACUUCCAACUCAGGUGGGUCAAUUAAUGGGUCAAUUAUUGGGUCUUAUUUGUGGGCCAAAUAGUGGGUCAAUUAGUGGGUAAAAUAGUGAGGUGGGUCCAUUUAAGUCUUCUUUAGCUCAAGUGGGACACUGCAUAUUAUCGUGGUCUUGUUACGAAAUAAUAUUAUAAUUUACUAGCUAUUACCCGUCUAAAAAAAUUCCUAAAGUGAAUAUGUUAGAUUUCAGCUAAUGAAACUCACAAUUGUAAAAGAACUAUGAUCUCAUUCUAGAUAACCCAGUCCAAUAUGGCGGAUAGUGUCAUUAAUUCAACAAAUGUGUAUUUCGGCUAUACUAAACUCGUAUCAGGGAAGCAACUGCAUAUUCCAUUUAGACAUGACAUACAGACAUACUGCAUAUUGCAUAUAGACAUACAAACGGAAUUAAUUCAUUAGAAUUACAAUAUUAAGAAAAUAUUUCCUUCCUUGACAAACUAUCUUUUGACAAAUCACUGUGAGGAAAAAGUGCCUGGUAGGAUGUUCUGGGAAAAAGUGCUGAGUAGGGUAGUGUGGGAAGAAGUGCUGGGUAGGGUAGUGUGGGAAUAAGUGUUGGGUAGGAUGUGGUGGGGAAAAGUGCUGGGUAGGAUGUUGUGGUGAGGACCGUUGGGUAGGACACUGGUGAGAAGUACUGGGGAAGAUAUUGUUGUGGGAAGUGCUGGGUAGGAUGUUGUGGGAGAGAAGUGCUGGGUAGCCUAGGGUGUCAAUCAACUUUGGUUUUUUUACAGGUGAUUUUAUUUUCUUAACAUUUGAGCUUUAUCAUUGCUGAACUUUGAAGCAACGACCAGCUCUUAUGUUACUAUGUUGUUAAGCUACUAUGUCGUUAUGCUACUAUGUCGUUAGGCUACUAUGUUGUUAUGCUACUAUGUUGUUAUGCUACUAUGUCGUUAUGCUACUAAGUCGUUAUUCUACUAUGUUGUUAUGCUACUAUGUCGUUAUGCUACUAUGUUGUUAGGCUACUAUGUUACCUCACUGUUAAGUUACUUUGUUAUUAUAUAGCUUGAUAAUGAGAGUGAAUUUAAUUUCAUUGUUUUCAGUCAAAAUUACUUCAUUUCUCUCACCCAAUCAACGGGCUCGUUAUUUAAAAGCAAUAUUUUAUAAACGAAGUGGCUAUUCGUACCCGGAUACCAGAGGUGAGAGGUUGGGAUUAAAAAAAUAUUAAAAAUUUUAUUGUUGGGUUUGUAAGACAACAUGAGGCAUCAAAUGAAAGAUAAUUGAAUGGACUAUAUGUUUGUAAACUUAUUUCUUCAGUUUAACUAAAAUAAACUACCACAAAUGACAUCCGAAUAGCACUGAGUCAAAAUGGACCCAGACACGCAGCGCCGCCAUUCGCACACGAUUACCAUUCUGUCUUACAAACCCAAUAAUAAUAUUUUAAAUAGUUUAUUUAAUCCCAACUUCUCACUUCUGGUACCCGGGUACGAAUAGUCGCAGCCUUUUAUAAAACAGUGAAUACUAACAAAAAACUUGCCCCCCCCCCCCCCACCCCAAUUUACUUUUUUUUUAAAAAUUAAAAAAAAGGACAUUCUAUAAAUUUGUUUUCUCUGUUAAAUUAUUCUCAUAAACAUUUAACUGAAAAACAAGUGUAAACCAAAAAUACAGUAAAAGGCUUAAGUUCUAGUCUACCUUACUUUAAAAAAAAAAACAUCGUCUGCUCUGGUGAUAGAACGCGCCAAGAAAAAUGGCUGAACGAUUUCAGUCUGAGCGGAAGUAGAGAAACAGGAAGGAUGGAAAAUCGAAGGGAGAUCAGUCGUGCGGAAGAAGGGGGAGUAAUCCAGGAAGGGUAGUUUUAAAAAUUAACGAAUUGGGAGAGAGUGUGGGUGAGUGAGUGAGUGAGAGAGAGAGAGAGAGAGAGAGAGAGAGAGUAUGAGAGAGAGAGAGAGAAGGGGGAGAUCGCAUUUACUCAGAAAAUAUUCAUAUUGUGCGCAUACACUCCCAGGCCCAUUCCCUCACAAGCACAAGCAAAUUGACACAGACACAUUGACACAUCAAACAUUGACUCAGACAAAUGAACAUCAGGCACAUUGACACAGCUAACAGCUUUUAUUCUCUAUUUCUUACUCCAUGUGUCGUUGUUUAUCCACUGAAACAUUCACUCUGACUUUUAGGUUCAGUUUCUGUCAGCAUGCCGACUUCGUUGUUUAACCUCCGGAAAACCAAUUAACCCUUGAACAUCUAUGAUUUAUUUUAUUUUAUUGUUAUGUUUCGGGGGGGGGGGUUGUUUGUGGAAGCUUGAAAUAUAAAGACAGGACAAUACAAGAGGAACGUUUCGGCCAAGAGCCUUCGUCGAUAGACAGGACAAAUGAAGUAGCAACAAAAAAUUGAAAACAUUUUUUUUUUUUUAAAUAAACAUAAGGUCAGCCAUAAUGUUAAUGAAUUCAAUGCCAUUAAUCAGGGAGGGGGGGGGGGGGGCGAAAAUUUAAGUUUUUAAAAGUUUUUUAUCGCUUUUUUUUGCUUUUUUUNGUUGCCUUUUUUUGUCCCGUCUUUAUAUUUCAAGCUUCCACGCAACUUGUUCUACAAUUUCCUUCCAGAGACGUAGCGAAGAGGGGGGGGGGUUCAUACGUCCCCGGGGGCCAAGGUAAAGGGGCGCCAAAAAUUGAGGCUCACCACGUCACAUUAUAAUAAGUAAACAGUAAGAUAGCCUCAGCAGACGUGUCAUCUGAUAGCGUCAUCAGACGUGUCAUCUGAUAGCCUCAGCAGACGUGUCAUCUGAUAGCCUCAGCAGACGUGUCAUCUGAUAGCCUCACCAGACGUGUCAUCUGAUGGCCUCACCAGGCGUGUCAUCUAAUAGCCUCACCAGACGUGUCAUCUGAUAGCCUCACCAGACGUGUCAUCUGAUGGCCUCACCAGGCGUGUCAUCUGAUAGCCUACUUAUUUUGUCGCGUUUGCUCUUCUUAGCGUUGAAAGAAAAUACAUUGGGGAAAAAAAACAGAUUUUGAUUGCGUUAUCGACCGGUUUGCGACUGUGAAAUCAAGAAAAAUAAAUCUUUUUGUGUCUGAGUGGGUCGUGUACUAUCAUUUCUAUAAAUUUGCUUCUUUAAAUACAAUGUUUUAUUAAAAAUGAAAUUGUGUUUUCUAAUUCAAUGUAAUAGAAAAAUGUGAUUAAACGGGGGGAAAAGGGGGGGGGGGCGCCAAUUUUGUAGUUCGUCCCCGGGCGUAAAAUAUCAUAGCUACCCCUCUGUUUUCUUCACAUAGUUUAAACUCAGUUCUUUCCUGUAUUAUUCCUUAAAAAUUAUACCAUCGGCAUGUUCUGAUAUUUUUUUAUUUUUUUUUAAAAUCUGGCCGUAAAGAACAUUACAGCAGAAGAUGCCUGGUUGGGCCUCACAAUGUCGCUGUAGAUAAAACUCAGUUCUUUAAGAACGAAGUCACGUGGUUUCCGAAAGUGUGCGUGUGUGAAUACGAGAGGAGAAAAUUGGGAAGCGGGGGGAGGAGAAUAGGUUAAAAAGAGAGAUAGACUGAGAGAAAGACAGAGAUAAUGAGAUAGGGGGGGGGUCCUUCGCUGUCAUCUCCAUUAGUUUGACAAUGUGCGUGUGUGAAUACGAGAGGAGAAAAUUGGGAAGCGGGGGGAGGAGAAUAGGUUAAAAAGAGAGAUAGACUGAGAGAAAGACAGAGAUAAUGAGUUAGGGGGGGGGUCCUUCACUGUCAUUUCCAUUAGUUUAAAAAAUCUUCAAAAACAUUUUUUUUUUAAAAGAUGAGAAUCUAAUAGUGAGAUAAGAGGGAUGGGCCAAUCAAUAGUCGUUGACGUUGUCGGGGGGGGGGGAUGGGGAUGGGGGCGCGUCCCCGCUAUUCGAUUUAUACAGCGCACAGAGGGGUGGGGAGGGGCAGCGGGACUGACUGCCCAAAAAAAAACUCUAAAGACGGUGGCACACUGUAAACAUUCUGAUGUCCCUCUGAUGCAUGGGUCGUGGCGUUACCAAGAGGCACUUUUAGGGAUGACCGCUGAACCCCUUUCACUCUCCAUAAAUUAACAGGCUUCAAUGCCAUGGCCGUCUUGAGCACUUCCGGUUCAUCGGAGAUUUAUUACAGCACCCGUGCGAAGUUAAAGGGCGUGAAGACAGAAUAAGGUCGUUGUCAAGUGGCCUUGAAAAAAAGAGAUUUAUUCCACCAUUCGGGGCAAGUUGAAGGACGUGAAGACACACUACGGUCGUUGUCAAUUGGCCCACAAUAAAGAGACUUAUUUAAGGUGGUUGUUAAAUGGUCCACAAUAAGGCCUUUGUUAAGUGGCCCACAAUAAAGAUCGUUGUCAAUGGCCGACAAUAAAGAGAUUUAUUCCACCACUCGUGAAGAGUUGAAGGACGUGAAGACACAAUAAGGUCGUUGUCAAGUGGCCUGCAGUAAAGAGACUUCACUCUUGCCAUCGAUGAUGUUUUCGAUACCUCUGAAGGUUUCUGACAUCUGUGUAAUGUUAGAGGUUUCAAUGAAUACUUUUGGAAAAUAUUUAGUCUUAUAACCACCGUGUAUUAAUAAUGAGUGGUGGCAUUUUCGGCCAAAUGCAGUGUUGUUGUUUUUGUUUGUGGGAAAAAAAGGGGGCGGGAGUGGGAAAAUCUUACCCUGCGUCGGGUGGCACUAAUCCUAGUUACGCCACUGAACACAUUUUCUCGUUUUUUUUUUUUUUUUUUUUUUUUUUUUAAUAAUCCUUUUAAUUUUUUUUAAAAAAAAUAAAGUGCAUUUGUUGCAAUUUGUAAGGGGAGAGAAGAGCUGGAGCGAUGUCUUACUCAUUAGUCUUUGUUGUUUGAAGUUAUAAUAGCCAGAAUGAUCAGUACAUUGAGAUAUAUAGAAGAAGAAGAAGUAACGUUUUUAUAGCAUUCAAUCAGUUAUAGUGAAGAUCUAAACAUCACGGGGAUGUAUAAAACUAACAUCAUCUUGGGUGUCGUAUAAAUCUAACAUCAUCUUUGGUGAUGUAUAAAUCUAACAUCAUCUAUUUACAAAUCUUUUCUUCAUUUCAGAAAUAAAAUGCAUCCAAUGAUCUUAAUCAACAUUAAUUUUUGGUCGACAGUUUUCGAUCACAUCAGAUCUAUUUCUGGUGCUGUCAAAUCUCAUUCUUGAACAUUGGAUGUGUAUGGUGAGCGAGGCGUGGGGGGGGGGGUGGAGGGGGGGUGGGGGUAGAAGGAACUUUGUGACACUAAAAGGGAACCAAUUACUGUAGGCCAAUGUUCACUUCAUUUUUUCCUCGAAUCUCUUUGAGCAAAUAUUUGGUGCUGUGCAAAGAUUACUCCCUCCCCUACCCCCAAAUGUACAUGUGUGCACUGUGCACGUGUACACGGAAAGCAGACAAGGUGCAAGUUAUACAUUUUUAAAAUUAUUUAUUUGUUUACAAAACAAAUACUAGAAGCUUUUAAUACUGAUAAGGAUACUCUAUGGUUGUUAUACUCUUGUUAAAGACAGUAAUGUAACGAACAUAUGCAGAUCAGCAUACAACGAAAUUAGAAAAAUCAGCACCAUUAGACACCUCCUCUCCUUUGAUGCCACAAAAACUCUCGUCUCUUCACUCAUUCUUUCAAAAUUUGACUACUGUAACACUCUUCUCGCAGGCAUUCCUCGACACCACACCACAGAACUCAGCAUGCAGAGUUAUUUUUAAAGCAAAGAAACACGACCUCAUUCAACCACACAUGCAGCAACUCCACUGGCUUCCAAUGUCCACUCGCAUCAAGUACAAGUCUGCCAAUACAUGAUUCAACUCUUUCACUGACCCUCACUUUCCUGUCUAUCUCUCUGAACUGUUGCUUCCUUACAUCCCCACAAGACAACUACGCUCUUCAAAUGACAAUAGAGCCCUCUCAAUCCCAAAAACCAAAACUAAGACCAUCGGUGAACGCUCCUUCUACUUCCAUGCGCCCACGUUCUGGAACCAGCUCCCCUUCCACAUCUGUCAUUGUGAAACCUCGUCCACUUUCAAAAAGUCCCUUAAAACCCAUCUGUUUAGGUCCGCCUAUGACCAGUGAUGCACCCUCCUUGCCCUGCCUCAUAUUCUGUCUCGGGUUGAUCCUGUAUUUAAGUAUAUGCCAAAACGUGCCAAGUGUAGUUGUUUUUAUAGCCAUUUUUUAAUGUUUUAGCUGCUGUUUUUAUAGUAAUUUUUCACAUUGUAGUUACUAUUCUAGUGUCUCUGGUUUUUCAUUUUUAUUUGCUUUAGCAGUUUAAAUAGUUUACAUAUAUUUUAAUAAUUGUAAAGCGCUUAGAGCCGUAAGGUAAGCGCUAUACAAAAAUGCCUAAAUAAUAAUAAUAAUGCUAUUUUUAUCGUACUGUUGUGCUCGCUGUCGUUUUUACUUCGUACGGCCCUACUUUUUUCAGCUGUGCGUAUUGUCUGUGCGCAUUGUGCGUGCGCAUUGUGCGUGCGCAUAGUGUGUGCGCAUUGUGUGCGCGCGAACCCGCGCACAGCUUUCAUAGACCAUUGCUGUAGACCUAUAUUUUAAGCAGCUGGUGUCUAUUUCUUUAAACACGUCUUGUUUGGCGUCAGUGUCCCUGUCUAAAAUGAUGACCUCUUCUGUCGACAGAUAGAACAGCUUGCCCUUAUAUGGCUAGAGCGUCAGAAGAUGGGCGGGUCCUACAGCAGCCAUCGCGCGCAGACGGAGAAGCACGUGGUCGUCUGCAUGACGACACUGCAGGCGGAUUCCGUCAUGGAUUUCCUCAACGAGUUCUACGCCCACGCCAAACUUCAGGUAAAUGAUUUCAAAUGA